GAUUGUUUUGUGUUCAUCCGUUGUGUGUUUCAGUCUCAGAACCGUUACCUUCGAAGAGGAUCUUCUCGCCGGAUAGUUUGUGAAGUUCUGUUCCGGAGGACAGCCACUUUGGCGCCAACCAGUCGUUCCUCCAGUCUGCGACGCUCCACUGAUGCGCAGCCCCCGUGUGCAACCCGUCCAACAGAAGCUUCUGAUACCUGGUUCAUCCCGUCGCACGUCUCAAGGGAAUGUGCCCUUGAAAUAAAAGCACGCAACUAAGAGGACUUACAGGGCCUGGAGAGAAUACGAUGGACGAAGCAGGAAAGUCGUCUGGCUCUAGCGUCAGCAUGGAGAGGUCCCACGAGACGGCACCAAUGCGGAAAGCGAUGCAUGACGCCAUCGACAGAGGAAACUUCGGUGACGUGGAAAAAUGUCUCAACGAGAACAAAGAUCUCAGGCAGUGGUUGGAUCCGGAGACUGAGAAAUCGGCUUUGCGUAACGCGCUAAAGAAGAAAGAACUUAAAAUAUCUGCACUGCUAGUGUCUCGUAGCUGCAGAUUUAACGAGGCGAACAAAAACAAAGAAGGAAAACUCUUCAUGAAGCUGACUCCCUUGGAGAAAAGCGAAUAUCAUUAUCAACUGCGCCUACUCGUACACACAUGCGACCCCAUUCAACGACUACUAUGUAAAUCGUCAAGCAAAACGAGUGACAUGUUCGAGACCAAAGUUAAAGAACUGUACGAAAAACUGUACGAGAUCCCGAUGGUGGACACUAUCCUCCGGGUUGUUGCCACGUCCCUCUGGUUAGAGGUCACAUUCGACUUUCACAGCAACAGAUUGGUCUGUAUGCUGGGGAACGAUUACAGAGCCACCUUGGGCGUUACUAUGCUCCGAGAGGAACAAAUCUACCUUGCAGCAAAGAUGAAUGACGAUGAACUUCUAGGAACGAUGGCUCACGAGUUUUGUCAUGCUGCCCUGGGCAUGGUGUACGAAAAUAAUGGAAAGCCAUUCGAGCAAAAUGACGGGGCGCGCAGAAACCACUACCAACGCAUUCUCAAUGAGAUCGAGCCUGGUAUAUGUAAAAUGCACGAUGUAAUAGCGCAGGCAUUCCAUAACACAUCUGUUAAAGAAGAGGAACUUGUGGUGCGAGUUCCCCACCUGCUCGCACUGAUGCGUUUUCGAAUGCACGGCACCCACGAGGCACACAUGCCAUCAGGGGAAGCUCUUCUGCAGGAACAAGUUCCUAAAUUGUUCGGUUUUUUUAGGGAUAUCAUUCUUCCAGAUAUGGAAGAGUUCAUCAGCAAAAAUCGUCCAGAAAAAGACAGACAGCAAAUAAGGGAACAAAACCAGCGACUUGGUAAGGCUGACAAGAUACGAAGCCUCGGAAUAGAGUUUAAGACCAAGCUUGAUUUACAAGAUUACCCACUUCUCGUUCUGACGGCUCCUAACUUGUCAUUCCUCGAAAUAAUGAUCUACGACGCGGUUACAUUGAAGAGACAGUCGUAUGUAUUCCUCGAGUUAAAGAACUGGGACGGUGUUCUGGAAGAAGCGUUGUUGAAGAACAAGUGCAGCUAUGUCAUUAUUUCGUCUGGCAGAAAACAUUACCGGCAAGGGAAACGUCGAAAUGCGAAUACAAAACUGUUAAAGGAUUUGGCUACAAUUAGGGGCACCAAAGUGAUUGUGCUGACUGAAAAUGCUGAGCAUGAUAACUUCGUGGAAGAGAUUAAUGAUCGUUUAGGAAAUAGGGCACACGUCCUUGCCGUGUCAAAUUGUACGCUUUCCGACGUGACAGAUAAAUGCAAAGCGGACUCGUUGAAAUUAUCUUAUGUUCGGCUUCAAGACGACAGCGAGCUAUCAAUUUGUGAGCUAAUGGCAUCUAGAGGCGAAAGAGGACACGUGAACCUAGAGGAACUGACUGGGGACAGAUUUUCGGACGUACUGGACGAAAACACGUUUCUAAAGUUGUGUCGAGAGAAAACAGUUGAUGUAGGACCCAAACUCAAGACGCUGGACAAACAUAUAGCUAGCUACUACGUUGAACGCACAUGCGAACGAGUCACUCAGGUGGACCUGAGUCUGGCGUUACGUACUCUGACGAACGAAGCAUUUGCCAUCGUGGGUUCCUGCGGCAAAAUCCUCGAUGCAUUGGUUCCUCCCGGGUGUCAUGCGAGCCGUCACAGCCAAGUGAAACGGUUCGAAAGAUGUGUGCUGCUGGAUAAUGCGGACGAUUACGACACACUUUCCCAAUUCGCUUGCUACGAAGAAAAGACAGUCCACCUUCUUCAGUACGAUUCACAAAGCUCAGAAUUCCACUGGGUCAGAUCCAACGGACCUCUUGGACCUCUACGGGAAGCGGUUUCCGGCACAUGCAAGGUUCAUGACAUGGAAGCAUUGAUCCGUGACGUUCCUGGUAAGGUCAUGGUCAUUUGUGGCGACCCAGGAAUGGGAAAAAGUGUCAUGUCAUUGCGCAUGGCUCAGCAUAUAAAAACUAUGGAUAAAAUGGCAUGGGUGCUCCAUGUUGACCUGCAAAAGAUUGAUAUUCAGUCUGUGGAUUGCAGCACCGUUGGAGAUAUGGUGCUUGCUAAAUUCUGCGGCUUAAAGCAGGAUACCUUCGAGUUCAACCUUCUCAAAAGGAGUAUUUCGAGUGGUUGGCCGUUCAAAGUUGUCGUCAUCUUCGACGCAUUUGAUGAAGUAGUCGCCCAAGUCCGUAAAUUUUUGAUGGAAUUAGUAGUCGCCCUGCGAAAAACUAUGAUUUCAAAAAUAUUUUUGUUCGGCCGGAAUUGCUUCAAGCCCGAAUUGCAAAACAAGUUUAACACGAUAGCUUUCGAAAUCGUUGGUUUCAGAGAUGAAGAACAAGUCCAAUAUUUGAAACGGUUUUGGAAACGGAAUGGUCGCAAAAUCGAUGAUGAGAAACUGGAUUCAUGCGCCCGCAGAUCCUUAGGAAGGUUUUCUUCACAGUGGAACGACAAGCUCACCAAGAACCCCCUGCUUGUUCACAUGAUUGCAGAAAUCGAUGAAGCACGAGUCGAGCACUUGGAACAAGGAAACCCCGAAGAUGAGAAGCCUGUACACGCAGAAAAAUACAGCACCUUAAACAUCUACGAGGAGUUCGUUGAAACUAAGCUCACAAUCUAUCAGAAGAAACAGACAGGCGGAACAGAUUCAAACAAAAGCCUCAUAGCUGUACAGGACGAAAAGGUAAAGACAAGGUCAUCCCUGUACGAGGAUCACGGUCUUCUCGCUCUCAAAGUCGUUUUCAACCAGGAAUUGCUGGCCAUGUUGCUAAGCAAAAAGGAGCUGCGGAACAUUGAACCUGGUGGAACGCUAAUGAAACGUGUCGUUGAUGGUUACCUUAAGCACGGAUUGAUAGACGGACACAACAAGGGAAUUCCUGUGUUUGUGCACAGAACAUUUGCCGAGUUUUUCGCAGCAUGUUUUCUUGCUAAUGAGGUUACGGAGGAAGCAGACGCGGCCGGUCGCGUCACAAAGAUAGUUGCCAGCAUGUACAGAAAUAUCGAUUAUGACGGAAUCCUCAACUUCUUCGAUGCAUUGGGAGCAAAGUCUCACGCACUUCACUGUCAUGUCAUGAACAAUGACUGGCGUAGUGUUGAGAAUCUUGCAGAGGUGCCCUUCAGCCGCGACGGGUUUCUAAGGUCGCCAGUGCAUAUAGCAGCGUUGCAUGCAGGUGAAGUGAUAUUGGUCGCGGUUACUAGAAAGCACGGUAAGCAAAUAGCUGAGGAAUUGCUAGAAGAAGACGGACUUGGAAUGACACCUUUGAUGUACGCGGACAGCAAGCGCGAUUGGCAAAGAGUGAAUGUAUUUUGCACAAUGUGCAGUGAAAAGAGCGUGAACUGGGCGAAACAACUACCUGUUUCCAUUAAAAACAUUAGAGAAGAAAGAGACUUCGCGUAUUCAGUGAUACUUCAUGUCGUGUUAUGGAAGUGUACAGAACUCUUCAAUUGCCUUUUAAAAGCAUGUUCCGAUCUGAAGACAGCCGAACGGCCCCUUGUUUCGGACACCCAAGAAAUGAGACAUGGGCAAGUAACGAAGGAACCAGUAAUCGACGUUGAUGCAAUCAAGUGCGACUUCGAACACACGCCUAUAUUCCACGCGACGUCGUAUGAAGUCUUCAAGGUUCUGUUACCUCAUUCGGACAUUAGAGCCCUCGCCAAACACGACUCCACACUCUUACACGUGUACGCGGCGGUGGGAGCACACGAUGCUUGCAAAUACGUUCUAAAUCGUCUACCGAGCGAUGCACCCAAUGCAGAUGGUCAGACGCCGCUGCACAUGAGUAUUAUUCAUGGUAAUGCGGACACUGUGGAUAUCCUGAUACCUCAUGCGGCAACAAAAGAUGCAUGUGACAAAAGAAGAAACACAGCAUUGCAUCUGGCAGCUGUUCCCGAUUCCAUUUCUGAAAGAGGGACGCUCUGCAAUUGGCUGCUUGGGGACGUGUUCUGCAGUGAGUCCUCAACGUCGAUGCACGGAAAUGCCUCAGUAGUGCAAACAGAGGUAAUGGAGAAGAUCCUUCCCCAUGUAGCUACCACCGUUCGUAACUGCGAUGGUGACACUGCUUUGCACGAGAGUUCCAACAGCGUUUUCGUGAGUUCGGUGAUGCUUCUGCUACCCUAUUCCGAUGUAGAUGUGAAAAAUAACACUGGCGAGACGCCACUUCUAAGCAGCGUUAGUGGACUAUCCUUUGACAGGGAUAUGAUCAAUAUACUCGGCAGUGAAGACGGCAGUACUGAGAACGCGCGAAAGAGCAACACCUUUGGAAAGGAAGACAUUAAAAUCACGAAGCUGCUUUUGCCCCAUUCACUCGUGAAUGCUGCCGAUGAAGAUGAUCGCACUGCACUUGAUCGGAGUGUUCGUAGAGGAAAACUGGACGUAGUAAAGCUUUUGUUUCCUCAUUUUUCAGCCAAUUCUACAGACAAACAUGGACGAACCUUGUUCCACUGGGCUGUCAUAAUGGGCCACUUGGACGUUGUCAGUUUCUUUCUUCCCAGGAUGUGUAUCAAUGUACGAGAUGACCACGGUGCUACUCCACUCAUCUACAGCGCUCUCUAUGGCCAUAACGACAUCGUGAAGGUUCUCCUUCCUCUCGUAUCGACCGACGUCCCUGACACAUCUGGAUUACUUCCGUUGCAUUAUUCCGCCAGGCGAGGCCACACUGACAUUGUUGAAUUUCUUCUUCCCCAUUCAUUUGCUUCUAAGUGUGCGGAACAUGGUUCCACCACGCUGCAUCUUAGCGCGAGAGAGGGUCGCGUAGAAACAUUGAAAGUGAUCCUGCCUCACUCAGAUGCUGUUAUUUGUGACGACGGCGGUGAUACAGCUAUCCAUGUGAGCACGUACGGCCUCUACUAUGACGUGGUGCAACUAUUACUUCCUUAUUCAGAAGUAGAUGCCUCGAAUAAGUUGGGGAAGACAUCAUUUCUGCGAGCAUGUUGCGAUUCCGACCAACGGCAACAAGAGAGCCCCGCGGGGUGCAGCGGAAGCAGCAGCAUGCUUGGAACACGAAACGUCAAAAUAAUCAAACUCCUGCUGCUCCAUUCGGUCGGCAAUGCUACCGAUGUAGGAAACUGCACUCCACUUCAUCUAAGUGCUCGCGGAGGAAACUUGGAUGUAGUAAAGCUGAUGUUUCCUCAAUUGCCAGCCAAUGAUACCGACAAACGUGGACGGUCCGCGUUACACUGGGCUGUCAUCAUGGGCCACUUGGACGUUGUCAAUUUCUUUCUUCCCAGGAUGUGUAUCAAUGUACGAGAUGACCACGGUGCUACUCCACUCAUCUACAGCGCUCUCUAUGGCCAUAUCGACAUAGUGAAGGUUCUGCUUCCUGUCAUAUCGGCCGAUGUCCCUGACACGUCGGGAUUAAUUCCGUUGCAUUAUUCUGCCAGCGAAGGUUACAUUGAAGUUGUUGAAUUUCUUCUUCCCCAUUCAUUUGAUCCUAAGGGUGUGGAACGUGGUUCCACCACGCUGCAUCUCACCGCAAGUGAGGGUCACGUAGAAGCAUUACAAGUGAUUCUCCCUCACUCAGAUACUGUUAUUUGCAAUGACGACGGUGACACUUCUAUGCAUCUGAGCGCGGCCAACCACCACUGCGAUGUGCUGCAAUUGUUACUUCCUUAUUCUGAAGCAAAUGCCACGAAUAAAUUUGGCAUGACAGCGCUCGCGUACAUUUUCGAAAAAGACGUCCAGCAGUGUGAGAAGAAACGUGAAAACGGCGAGGAGAACAGACAGAUGGAAGUGCCAGAAAAGAAAGACAUCAAAAUGAUCAAACUGCUGAUGCUCCACGCAGAUGCGAAUGUUGUUGACAAUGAAGGACGAACUGCAUUUCGACUGGCUGCCUCUCUGAGAUGGUUCAAUAUAAAGAAACUGUUUCUUCCGCACUUAGAUGUUACCUCUCUUGGAAUUCAAGCAACACACGAGGAUGCCGUGGAGGCGCUAAGUUAAUUGUAACAAUUCCUGACUUUGUUCGGGCUACGUUGUUGCACAGGUAUUUGCUCUGGUGAUCAAUAACAAAGGGUCAGCAGCAGUACAGAAGCGGAUCCGUUAUUCAGCGACUGAAUCCCAGUGACCUGGCGCAGUUACGAAAUUGAGAUACAUUUAUGUCGGCCUGUAACAAAGUAUGGCGGUACGUUGAUACACAUAAGUAACGUAAGUGACUAAAUGUUAGUUGACUGGCAGGAUAGCAAGCGAUGUCCUUC